AUCUCUGUGUAUUGUCAUUCGGUCACCACUUAGGACUAGACUCAUUGCCAUGUCCCUCAUACUCCGCCUAACCUGUCCCAUCCGGGUAAGUGGUCUACGGAACUGGUUUCCUCGAAGCUUCCCCCAGCUUCGACCGUCCGUGCCCACCAGCCCAGCCGCUCGAUGGGGCACCACCUUCGGUCUCUUAGGGCUCAUGCCCGUGUCGCGUGCAAUCUCUCCGUCCCCUGCUCCAGGGUCUCCCGAGAAGAAUCGAUUAAUCGGGUCCAACCCCGAGCUUCGGAUGGGCCCUAAUGACACGCGAUUCCCGUGGCGACAAUUCCUCCGGAUGCUAUGGCCGCAUCUCAAGUAUCUGUUAGCCGCCAUUGGUAGUGCGCUCGCCGUGGCUUACCUCAAUAUUCAGAUACCGCAACAAUUGGGUCAAGUGGUGAAUGUGGUCUCGUCGUUGUUCAAUCCAGUCAACGGCGAGGCUGGCAGUCAAGUUCGACGCUUCAUGGAUCAAAUUCGGGAGCCGUGCGGCCGCAUCAUUCAGUUGUACGUAGGUCAAGCCCUCAUGACCUGGGGGUAUAUCUAUAGUUUGUCAUGUUUAGGCGAACGAGUUGCGGCGGAUCUGCGGCAGCGGCUCUUUGCCUCGAUUAUCGCCCAGGACAUUGCCUUCUUUGACGAGAACAAAAGUGGCGAGAUUGUUUCACGGCUGACCACGGAUGUACAAGACUUCAAAUCCGCAUUUAAGCUGUGCAUCUCUCAAGGUUUAAGAAGUACGGCUCAAACUGUGGGUUGUGUAGUGGCAUUAUACUCCAUAUCCCCACCUAUGACGGGCUUGAUGCUGGCCGUGGUGCCCGUGGUCAUUGGGAUUGGCACGGCACUAGGAUCGGUUCUGCGAAGGAUGUCCAAGGCCGCACAAGCUCAGGUGGCUAAGGCCACGGCCGUGGGUGAGGAGUGUAUCUCGAAUAUGCGCACGGUUCGAGCCUUUGCCAUGGAAGAUCAAGAACGGGUCAUGUUCAAUGAAGAAGUGGCGCAGGCCCGACGACUCAAUGAGCGAUUGGGCCUGGGAAUCGGGAUUUUCCAAGGAGGAGCCAACCUUUUUCUUAACGGUAUCGUACUCACCACGUUGUACUAUGGUGGGUACCUCUUGUCAACGCAACAAUUGACGGCGGGUGAUUUGAUGAGCUUCCUGGUCGCUACUCAGACCAUCCAACGGUCCUUGGGUCAAAUGUCUUUGCUCUUUGGGCAAAUGGUCAAAGGACUCUCUGCGGGUACGCGAGUAUUUGAAUACGUCAAUUUAGAGCCCACCAUUCGGCUCACAGGUGGACAAGAGAUCCCCUAUUUUAGUCUCAUCGGGGAUAUCGAGUUCCGGGAUGUGGGCUUUCAAUAUCCCACCCGGCCUACCCAACGAGUCUUAGAUCAAUUCUCGUUGCGGAUUCCCGGUGGGAAAAUGGUGGCCUUGGUGGGCUCGAGUGGGGGCGGAAAGUCGACUGUAGCCGCUCUUUUGGAACGGUUCUAUGAUUGUAACGAGGGUGUCAUAACGGUCGAUGGAGUCGAUAUUCGGAAGCUUAAUCCCAAGUGGCUUCGUGGGCGUGCCAUUGGUUAUAUCAACCAAGAACCCGUUCUCUUCGCCACAUCAGUCUUGGAAAAUAUCCGAUAUGGGCGGCCUUCGGCUACCGAUUUUGAGGUGAUGGAAGCUGCGAGAGCGGCCAAUGCCCACAACUUUAUUCAAGGCUUUCCAGACCAAUACGACACUGUCCUUGGUGAACGAGGUGUGACCGUGAGUGGCGGUCAAAAGCAAAGGAUCGCCAUCGCACGAGCCUUACUCAAAAACCCAACCAUUCUCGUGUUGGACGAGGCCACGAGUGCUUUGGAUGCUGAAUCCGAAAAGGUCGUUCAGGAGGCCAUUGACCAAGUGGCUCAAGGUCGAACUGUUCUAGUGAUUGCUCAUCGAUUGAGCACAAUUCAAAAGGCUGACGCUAUUGCUGUGGUUGAUCAAGGUCGGAUCGUGGAACUCGGCACCCACGACUCGCUCAAAAAAGCUGGAGGUAUCUACGCCAAGUUAAUUCGGCAGCAAGAGCAGAGUCCUACGCCAAGCCCGAGAAACAUGGCAUAGUAUGGCAUGAGAGAAUAAUAAGAGACCAAACCGAUAGAGAUUAAGUUUGAUUUUGGUUAAAAUAAAUAUAUUCAAAUUGAA